AUGUGUUCCAUAUGUGGUAGAAGUGAGUGGAGCGUGUGUGGUUCACACUGCAGAGCAGAGCCUGUGGAGGAUGAGGAGCAGAGGAGCAGCAGUGAGGCGCUCCUGAAGAUCACACUGAACUUCCUGAGGAGUACGGAUCAGAAGGAGCUGGCUGAGCGUCUGUGGAGCAAGGUUUCUUUAGGUGGUUUUCCACAGGAGGCUCUCCUGAGGCUGCUGCCAGUGGUCAAGGCCUGCACCAAAGCUCUACUGAGCCGCUGUGAGCUGUCAGACAGAAGCUGUGGAGCUCUGGCCUCAGUCCUCAGCUCCCAGUCCUCUAGUCUGAGAGUCCUGGACCUGAGUCACAACAACUUGAAGGACUCAGGGCUGAAGCUGUUGUCUGAUGGACUGAAGAGUCCUCACUGUAAACUGGAGACGCUCAGUCUGUCAGGUUGUUUGGUGUCAGAGGAAGGCUGUGCUUCUCUGGCCUCAGCUCUGAGGUCCAACCCCUCCCAUCUGAAAGAACUGGACCUGAGCUACAACCAUCCAGGAGACACAGGAGUAAAGCUGCUGUCUGCUCUGCUGGAGGACCCCCACUGCACCCUGCACACUCUCAGACUGGAGCAUUCUGGAGCUCAGAGGUUAACUCCAGGACCCAGAAAGUAUCUCUGUGAUCUCACUCUGGAUCCAAACUCCGCUCACAGAAAACUCAAACUGUCUGACAACAAUAAGAAGGCCGUGGCGAUGUUCGCCUCACCCGGUUGGUAG